AUAGCAAAUUGAACUGGACCGACGGACGGGGCUUGAUUAAACUCACUCCUAAUCUGUGCUCCUGUUGAUAUCGGAGACCACCUCAGGACCCUCACAUUGCUGAUUGUAUUGCAACCAUCCAACACCAUGGAUCGUCUCACUGAACACAACAACAAUUUUCAAUUAGCUUUGGAAGUACUACAGCAAGUUAUUGAAAUGACAGAUUCAAGUUUAAAACCAUUGGUUGAUGUUUGCAAACCACUGUUGGAGCUUGUGCUAGGUGAGAAACAAAGCAAGGAACAAAAGUUCAUGGCUGAUGAGUUCUUAAAGUUACAGGAUGAAUUAGAGCAAAUUUCAAAAAUGGCAUCAAAUGUGAAAAAGCAGAUUGAAAUCAGUGGUGUAUACUUGAAAUAUUCUCCCAUUGAAGAAAAUCUAAGGGAUGCAAUAAGGAAUGUGCAGGAAAUCCAGUCUUACAAACCAGUGAAACAGUCAAUGAUUGAAGAAUUCUUGGAUGAAUAUCCCGAUGCUUUAGAUAUCGAGGAUAACCUUAAGAAUCUUUACAAAGGUGUGAUGGAAAAAUCCAUUUUGGAUAUCAAAAAGACAAGCCCUCGCGACAUUGACGAGGGCUGUGCUUGCAUUUAUAGACUCUUGUGCAAAGGCAUCUAUGCUUUGAUGAACCAUAAAGUUUAUACCAAGCAGACUGAAGAAGACUUGAAGGCAACAAUGGAUGAGUGGUCCAAGAAAGCUGCUGAAAUUCUACGCAAAAUGAGGGAAGAAAUUAAUGCCUACCUGAACGAUUUUCCAAAUCAGGCAAAAGCUGAUGUUGAAAACGUCUGUUUGGAAAAGGGCAGAGCAGUUUCUGAGGACAUCAUAGAGAGGUUAAUUGAGAAGUAUGGCUGGGUCCAUUGGUCAGUGAGGGCUUUCAACCCUUCAGCUAAUUUUGUCUUUAUUUCGUCUGGCGAGUUUCACGUUAUCAAAGGUGAAGGACAUUUUAGACAUAAGUAUCGUAACACCAUAAUUGUAGUUUCCUAUAGUAUUAACCCACAAUCCCUGGUUAAAAGUCAAAUUCACCAGUUGAUUGACAGACAAAUUAAAGAAGCCAGCAUUGAGGAAGCAGCUGAGAGUGUGCGUAGAAGUCUUCCUCACUGUGUGGUGCACAUUAUCAAGGGUAACAAGACCUGUGCAAAACACAGUUUUCCAGUCGAGUAUCACUAUGAGGAAAUCCACAGGAAAUGCUUCAAAUGCUGGUCUGUGUUCGUUCACUCAGAAUACUCACUUCAGGAAGUCUGCAGACCUCUUCAAUAAGGGGAAGGGAUAUCAGGUCUCAUAGGUGUGUGUGGCGUUUGCAUGUUCUCCCCCAAUGUGUCUGCGUUGGUUUUCACCUCUGGGUGCUCCGGUUUCCUCCCACAGUCCAGAAACAUGUUAGCUAGGCUGAGUGGCUAGGUCUCUAAAUUGUCCCCCCGGGUUGUUGUUGCCCUACGAUGGAUUGGGGUCCCGUCCAGGGUGCAGUCCCGCCUUGUGCCAUGUGUGCCUGCUGUGUUAGGCUCCGGCUUGUCACCGCAGCAACCCUCUAUAGCAGGGGUUGGCAAUCCUGGUCCUGGAAGGCCAGUGUCUCUCCUGGCUUUUGUUCUACCUGUGACCUAAAUUACUUAAACCAAUAAUUAGUCCAAUUAAGUAAAUGGACUAAUUAUUGGUCUAAGUAAUUUAGGUCACAGGUAACAAAAACCAGGUGGGACCCCACCAGCUGACCAGGAUUGCCCAGCCUUGCUCUAUACGUUAAAGUGGCCAUCGAUAAUGUAAGUAUGUAUCUUGCAAUAUGUUAAUGUGCUUAAGCUUAAUAUUAAACUUGUUUUUGUCUUAAACCACAAGUGAAGACAAAGAGCUAGAACUAUGUUAAAUGAUUCUGCACGUGCAAGUUAGACUUUAAAGUGAGAAGCCACAGGAAGAGGAUUCCAGAAAAAUCACCUCCUUAUUUGGAGCGGUAGAUUUGGGAAUGCAUCACACUUUAAGGGCAAACUUGUAUGUCAAGGAUAUUACAAGUAUACUGCUAUAGAGGUUUUGUUAAGAUUGUUAUUCAUUUUCCUUCUGUUGGCAAAAGUAAUUUUUUAUUAAAAAAAGUUGCAACUCUACUUUGCCUACAUAACUAUAUACUGUACAUAGAUAUACUGAAAGCGUAUGGAAGUACUGUUAGUUUGCUAAAAGACACCAGACUAAAUGAACUGUCCAAACAUGGGAAGCCAACCCUGGUGUUGGAGAGCCUCAGGGUGUUCUGGUUUUACACCUCCAGCCUCGCAGAUAACCAUCUCAAUGAUGGGGCUUCAUUUGUCAGAAUUACCAUUUGUUCCAGCAGGUAUUUAGCAAUUGAUGAUUUAAAGUUAGCUACAAAACCUGCAGAAUGGAGGCUGUCCAGGACAAGCGUUGACCAUUCCUGGUCUAAAUAAAACUCCUGAAGAUUUGAAGUAGAUCUGUAGAAUGCUUGAUUCAAUUUAAUGCUCCAAAAUAAAAUAAGGGUUAUUUUCUACUCUAAAUAAAUCUUUGAAUAAACGA